CGUUCACCGCCUAGUUGUCUCACCAUCUUCCUUAGAUUCACUGCAAUUUUCUUUGUCUUCAUCUCACCAAGGCCUCAUAGACUAGACAGGAAUCUUUUGCAUCCAGACAUCACAGAUAGAUCUGCAGUGCUGUUCAUUUGACUAAUACAGUCACCUCACACACCCACUAACACAAAAUAUAUAUAUAUAUAUAUAUAUAUAUAUAUAUUAAUUAUAUUAUAUAAAGUGGGAACGAAGGAUCCACUAUAGGCAUGCAGAUUCUUCAAUGGCUCUUCAAAGGGGCACAUGAACAAGAAAGAAAGAGAAGCACCAACAAUCUUCCUCCCAAAAGGGAAGAUAUCAGUGAACAAAAUGAUGAAGGGAAAGAGAUAAAUCUACUCAAGCGUGAUAGAUCAAAUAAAAGAACAAGGAGAAACAAAUGGAGCAAGCUUGGGUGCAAGAACUUAAAGAUAUUCACUUUUCUAUAUAGAAAAGACAUUAUUCCAAAAGCUUUCUUUUACAGCACCCUCAACUUGAAGAGAGUGAGAAGCUUCAAUAGAAGGGAAUUUUUCUACUUCAUGAAGAUGAAGAGAGAAGAAUCAUCCCGAGAAUUAGGAAUUGUUAACAAGGCAGAUUCAGCUGCUCAUGCUGGAAACAAGGUUUUGCCCAUAACUGAGGCACCAUUGCCAUCCUCAGCUGAAAGAAAUGACCAAUGUGAUACCACAGAAACUAAAGACCAAACCAAGGUGGAUAAAAAAAAGCCAAUGUCCAGAAUGAAAGAGCUACUUAGAUGGGCUGCUUCUGCGAAGACAGAGAAAGGAGGAAAAUUCAAUGGAAGAAAGGUUUUAAUGUUUCGAAGACGUGGAACUCUGAAAGCAGUUCCAGAUGAUGAUCAAGUUUGCAGUGACUCACCCAAGAUCAGUUUCAGAUGGGAUGUGGAAAGCUGCUCCACCACUUCCUCUGCCUACUCAGCUAUCUCAAUAGCUUCCUCAGCCAAAAAUGGACAAAGCAAAAUUGCAACUUCCACUAUAUCCAUCCCUCCUGAAGAAACUGGCCAUAAUAUCACUUGUAGAAAAGGAAAUUGGAUCACAACAGACUCUGAAUUUGUGGUGCUGGAACUAUGAAAAAAUAAGCUAAGUGCAUGUUUGGAAACACAUUGGAAAAAAACUAUAAAUGUGAAUUUAUUGCAGAUGUUACAACUUGUAACGUUAAAGGAAGCGUGAAUCACAAUCAUUCAAACCACAAUCCAAACAUUAUGAAGCAAAUAUUCCAUGCGUGGUGAAGUGUUAGCGGGCAAUCUAUGUCACAAGUUAAUGCUCUAAUUAUGUGUCAUGUCCAUGGCUAAGUUCUGUCAGAUAUUUCGUGAAGAUUUUAUGUAACUUAACUAAAGAUAGAGAGAUUGAGAGGCAAGAGAAAGAG